AUGAAAGAAGAAUACGAUUCUAGAAUAAGUAGAACAUUGGAAAAUAUCUCCCUGCAAGAAUCUACAAGAGCGGCUAACGUUUCUCAAAUCAUUGAGGAUGGCCAAACCUCGCCGGGGUCAACGUAUGAGUCAUUUUCUUGGUUGUUUAACUAUUAUAAAAUGUUUUUGCUUCGUUUGUUUAAGGACUUAUAUCAAACAGUCGAAAAUUAUUUUUAUAAUGAUCAUCAAUUACCUGAUCAUAUUUUGAAUUUAAUAAACGCUCACAAACAAUUACAAAUAGAACAAUUAUCAGAAAAUUCUUUCAACGUCUACUUUCCAUCUUAUCCUGAUCCCCCUCGUUCACUUCACAUAGGUUCUGACCUGUCCCUCGAUUCUAAUCAGGCUCAAAAUCCUGUUAUAAUGGAAGCAAUAGAAUUUCUUCAUGAAGACAAAGAUUUACUAAUAGCAGCCGAAAUUGGAAAUGAUAAAUUACUUGAAAUUUAUAUAAGAAGGGGGACAGAUAUUCAACAAGUUGAUCACGUUGGUCGAAAUGCACUCCAUUUAGCCGUCUACUCUGGCAAUAUUAAAGCGAUUAAGCUACUUUUGGAUGCUGGAAUAAACCCAAAUGUCAAAGACAAUGUUGGAAUGACACCUCUCUCACUUUCUUUAAUGAGAAGACCCUCUUUAUUAGUAGCAAAUCUCUUGUUUGACCACGGCGCAAUUCUUUUACCGCGAAGCGACCCUUUGGAUACUGGAUUAUUUAUUCAAUUUGCUAUGAUGUGCAAGCCGACCCUUGAAGAAGAAAAGAUACUUAGAUUCUUAGUAAUCAAAGGAGCUGUCAUAAAUGAUCCUAAAGCUCCCGGUGGCCGUCAAGCAUUGCAUUUUGCGGCUAUGAGUAAUAAUACCUCCUUAAUUCGUCUACUUGUUAGUCUAGGUGCUGAUAUAAACAUGACUAAUCACAGAAACGAAACUCCUAAGGAGACAGCUGAAACAUUUAAAUGUAAAGAGGCAUAUAAGAUUUUAUGCGAAAUAGAGGAGAUGGAGGAAGUAGCUUCAUCGUCUUCUAACGUCAUU